GUGAUAACGAAUGCUUUUGUACUGCAGAUGCAUAGAAAAUAAAAUACGAAUUAUACAAUGAAAUGAACAGGAAUACUUUCCUACUAUCUAGAGCACACUCUAAUGAAUAAGGAUUUUAUUUUGAAGUUCAAAGUGGAUUGAAGGUUGUCCGUGCUUUUGAGCCAAGUUUAAAAUCUUUUAAUGUCUACGGAAUUAUGCGACUCUGGUAUAUUCAGCAAUGAGGAUUGUGCUUUACUAUCUCAAUUAGAUAGACUUAUUUCCGUCAUAAGAAGUUCGCAAUGAAGCUCGAUAUUUGCCUAAACAUAUCCGAAGUCUGUUCGAAAUACAUAUGUACACUGAGUCUUUAACGCUUGGAGUUCGGUGUUUUUAAAGUUGACGCUCCCGAGUCACACGAACGUCGCAAACUAUUGGAAAAGGCCGUCGAUUACUUUGAUAGUAUAAUCUCUCAGACUGUUCUGGAGAUUGAGGAAGAGCGUGCUGUGGAGGAAAGCGAAACUCUUACCAAAGUCGAGGCGGGUAUCAUAGAGGAAAAUCCGAACUCAGUACGAUACAAAAUAUAUGAGAAAUACUCAGGACAGCUCGAUAAACUCAUUGAACCACAAGUUUAUCUACAUCUUGGUCAUUUCCAGCUUCUGCUCAAUCGUUUUGACGAUGCUCUGUCUGCGUAUCUUAAGUUUGAAUCACUUUGUCCCAAGGAAUCUUCUAUUAACUGUCCCUUCCUGUAUGGCUUAGGCCUGUGCUGUUUUCGCUUCAACGUAUUCAACAGGACUAUCAGACUUUUUCAGCAAAUUUUAUAUUUACAACCGUGGUUUCCAAAGUGUAAAGAGAUAAAUAUCCGUCUUGGCUAUAUAUACAAGGUACAAAAUAACUUCGAACGAAGUUUGAGACAUUUUCGACAAGCUUUGAACGACUCAACACCUGCCACAUUUAAUCGGAUUGAAUUACGGUUUCAUAUCGCUCAUCUGUUCGAGGUGUGUGGCAAACCUAAACAGGCAAAGACCGAAUACUUCCAAUUAUUGGAUGUUGAGAAAAGCAGUGCUCCUUCACACAUCCGCCAUCUUUGUCUUCGACAAUUAGCUUGGCUUCAUCACACAGGAGCUUUUGGAUCAAAACCUGAAUCGCCAAACGAAAAAGGCCUAGAUGUUCAGUGGCUUCAAAGUGCUUUGGAGUUAGAUAACACCAAUGGCAAAACCUGGUACUUACUAGGCCGUUGUCAAGCUGCUUUAAAUCAUGUUCAAGAGGCUUUCGCAGCAUAUAGAAGUUCUAUAGAUAAAACGGAGGCUAGUGCUGAUACCUGGUUUGUUCUUACAAUUUCUUCAUAGUUUAGAACUGUACUAUUAAAAAAUGUUCACUCUCUCGAAAGUAUGGUGACAAAUUGGUUACUUAAAUUUUAAUUUUAAGUAAUUAUCAGCUAACGUUGCUGUUUUUUAUCUACACAAUAACUGUUUAAGUAGUUUAAAAAACAUCAGAUUCAAUUAAACCAUAUUCAUGUAAAACAUUCACAUAUGUGUAGUACUACUCGAUUCAUUUUUACUUUGGGAACAUAAGAGAGGGACCGCAGUAUUUGUAAAGUAUUUUAAUGAUUCGGUAGGGCGAACAAUAUGCUUUGUAGACUUUUAAUUCUUUUUUGUCGACUAAUCUUCUCUACAUCAUAUUUCAGUAAAUACACUUGAAUAAGGGAUUUCUUAGUUUUCGUAGUUGAGUUUUCUGAACCAGAGGGUUUAACUGAAUAGCUUUCUUUGUCUUACUGGACGACAUCACCAGUGGUCAUUUCAUUUUGUAAUGAGCCUUUUAGUUAUUUCGUUCCGGCGACAUGGCGACUGUUUGUUUUUAUAGGUGUCAUUGUCUUCAUUCAUCAUUCCAUUCUCAUUGAUUAUCUUUUUCUAUUGAUCUCUGACCGUCAUGUGAUCGAUUGACCUUUUUCGUCUGGGUUUAUAGAUCGGGUACAUGUCUAUGUGUCACCCAAUUACCGAUUAGUCUGAACACUGCACUUCUAGACAAUUACUGUGAUCCUUAGAAUCUCCUUGAUCCAGAAUUUAAAAGUUUUUUUCAGUACUCAUGUCCAUGACUGUCUGUGUGUAUUGAUGGGAGUGAUAACAAAACGUGUCGCUUCAUUCUUAGUAUGUGUGUGUAUGAGUGAUUAAAGGGGGGAGUUCAUUUUUUCCAAUCCAGUGUUCGUCUAAUUUUUUAUUAUUUAUUUUGUGAAUGAUAGUGCAUUUGUCUUUAACUGUUUUGUUAUUCUAUCUUUAUAAGAUGGAGUCGAGUUUUUAGACGAUAUCGAUCCUAAAGAGUUUCAAAAUUUUCAUGUUCAUUACUUAGGUAUUCUUCACGUAUGACAAUUAUUCACUCCUCAUUUUCUGUGGCUGAUUUCAUUACAUUAGCUUAAUUCUCAUAGGACUUUUUGGUGAAGUUUCUGGGAUAACCAUUUUUACGGAAGACAGACAAGAUGAAGUUCCCUAACUUUUCACCUAGUGAGAGUGCUGCAGUGGGUUUAGGCUUUUUCUUUUUUUGGCUGUGUUACGAAAAAUAGUCACUGAAAAAUUCUAGUUAGUAACAUGAAAUAUAAUGUUCAUUAUCAAUACUUUCAGUAUUGAUAGGUAUAAUCAUGUAACCUUAGUUUCCUCUAUGUUAAGGUUUAUCGUAGUAUACCAAGUCAUACCAUACUCAUCACUUGAGACUCGUUAUUUGGCUCCUAUUUCACGAGCUAUGCGCGACGAUCAGUGUAAAAACCUUAUAGGCGUAUUUGUUUUCUCUGGUCUUGCCUUCGUAAUCUUAUUAUGCAUUUACAACCAUUGGAUUUAUAUCUUGUGAAAUUCUUUUCAAAGUAUUCUGUUAUUCUUAAUGCUAAUGUCUAAGUGUUUUGCCUACCGUCAGAGAUGCCAUUUUUUACCGUUUAGUUUGUGAAGAAUAUGUAGUCCAUUAUCUCCUAUUUACUAAUUUGACGCACUCCAGAAUAUUGUUGGAAAAACCACUCGACAUAAUUCCAGCCCUUAAAAGCACAUUCCUUUGACCAAUCGCUUAUAUUUUCGUGGAGUAAUUAAGUAUGUUUUAUUGAUGGGUUUCAGACAUGGAAGUUUCCUAGAAAAAAGAUCCAUGAGUUGAAUGAAAUUUAGACAAUUAGUUUUAAGUCAAUGUUAAUAUAAUUAUUUUCAAAGCAUAUAGUGAUGUAAAGAGUACUGUUAGCAUUUGAUUUGACUGUCCUUGAAAAUGUUUCGUAUUUUUCCUUACAAUAUUGCGUGUCUGAUUCGGAGGAUUGGUAACAAAGAUUUUAUACACGUUGAUAAGAAUGUAAGAUAAAAACCAUCCUUUUAUUUAUGUACUAUUUUUUCCGUAGUCAGCAAUUUUUUGUAAGUGAUUCACUAUGUUUCUGUGAGUUUACACUAUUGGUUAUCCCUAGACAUUUAUUAAUUAAUGUGUGUUUAUGAUUCUUCUGUAACUUUUUAGGUGCUCUAUCGGUGUGCUCUAUCAAGAGCAAAGUCAACCGAUGGAUGCUCUUCAAGCAUACUUUUGUGCUGUACAAUUGGACAAAUGUCAUGUUGCAGCUUGGGCCAAUCUGGGUACUUUAUAUGAAAGCAUGCAACAGUAUAAAGAAGCCUUAAAAUGUUACAAAAAUGCUGUAAACGCUGAUAAGCAUAAUGAGGUUCGUCCAGAGAUUCGUUCUCGUUUAGCUGUACUACAACAGUUAGUUCCAAAACUAUCAGAUAAAAUAACAGGAAGCACAUUUAAUGGUCCGAACAACAAUAGUGUAACAUCUAACCAGGUCGGCAAUGGUCCUGGUCCUGGUUGUGGUGGAAUAACGAAAUUACCCACAGUAGAUGAGGCAUGGAGCCUGCCUAUACCUGCUGAACUAACCCAGCGUCAACUUCAGUUAAUGUUACAAGAGGCAGCUGCCAGUGAUGCUGGGAGUGGUUCGUCUAAGCGUUCUGAUAGGCACUUAGCUGGUCUUUUGUUAAUCCCAACUCCCCAGUCAGUCCUUAGAAAACGUAGUAGUUGGCGCCAGUCUGGUUUCAACGGUAUGAUGUACUUUAUUUUCGAUACGAUGUUUGAUUAUAGUUGUAGAAAACGAUAACUUUUCAACUGCACUCUAAUAAGUUGCUUCAAACUUACGAAUAAAUAAAUAAAAUAUUAUUACCUAUAUGCAUGGUUAUUGAACUGCUUAAUAAUAUAACCACUUUUCUGAUUCGGUUCAUAACUGAGUCAUUAUAUAUUUUAGGACAACUAAACGAAUACAUAAUUUGACUGUAUUGUGAUUAUAUUUCUGUUGGGAUCAAAUAUUUUUUUGUCUGGUUUAUGAGUUAUAAGAUUACGUAAAUUCCGAUGACGUUUUUUUAUUUAUUUGUUCGCUAUCAAAGAAAAUUGUCCUACAUUUUGUCAUGGUAAUAAAUCCCAAUGACUCGAAAGUACAAUAAUGAUUGAAAUUAUCAUAUAUUAAUCUAUUCAACAAAGUUCAUUUGACUAAGAAGAUCUCUAGUGAUAAAAUAAAACACUGUAUCAAGAUUAAUGUUCAGAGUAACCAAAAAUGUGGCUAGUUUCGGAGGGAAUUCAAAAGUUAUUUGAUAGGUGAACAACGCUCUUAUGAAGUUAUGAAUAUAAUUGUCAACUUGUGGUGUAUGCUACUUAUGUCGACGGACAUAAGUAAUAUGUAACACCGAUCGGAAGUGGAAUGCCUGGCAGCAAUGUGUUGAAAAGACCGGAUUGACGAGAGUAAGAAUGUAGACAGAGAGUAAUUGUAAUAAAAACAGGAAUGAAGGAGCGGUAAAUUUUGUAAGAGACAAUUGGUGAAAGAUGUGCAAAUGAAAUAUUUAAAGCAUGAUUUUCGUAUUGUUAUUAUCAUCAGCUUUAUUCAAUAUUAUAUUUUUGGUACAAUAUAGAAUUCUCAGCUCAAAGUAUUUCAACAAGUUUCCGUUUCUUUCUUCUUGGUCGGUCCUGGCGAUAAAUAUUGAGUCAUCGCCAGUUAGAUGUUAGCAGUUCAGUAAAUGAGCAUCUGAAUAAUGUGCAUUCUUUUCGUUGUAUAUUGCCAGCAACCACAUUGUCUCUUAUUGAGUUUUUUGUAACUUUGACAACGAAAAGUUGUACACUUUUCAGAAACUCAGCAGAAUAGGUUAUGCGAUUAAUAGACAUAAUGAUAUAUUAAAACAAACAAAAAUAGAUAACUAGAUGACGGGAACAGGUAGCCCAGAUGCUCAAGCAGGCCGCCCUUCUACAAAGACAUUCUGUAUUUUGUAUUAACUAAUAAAUUGGUUCUCCUAAUUUGACUUCUUUAUCCACUACAAACUGACUAUUAUAACGAUAAAAGUUGGAAAAUACCAAUUUGCACAUCAUUUUCACACGAUUCUGUAAUUAGUUUUGAGUUUAUCUUUAAAUUUACUGUAAUUUUCAUUGGAGAUAUCAGUUAGUCAGUCAGUAACAACGUAGAACUUCGUACGUACGUACAUCAGUUCGAGUUGCCAUACUACAUUAGCACAGAGAUGCAGUUGUCCAUUCAAAUCCCGUAGUGGUAGAGGUAUUAAGAGUAUAAGCAGUAAUCGGAAAGAUUAGGGUUUGGAGAUGUUAUUCAAGGAAUAUAAUCCAGCGAAACAAAUUUGGAAAGAAAAAAAAGGAUAUGAAGAAUUCAGAAGAUUAAAAUUUGGGAGAACACAAAGAGUGGAUGCACUUGUGCCAUUGCAAACGAUUUUGAGCCAUGUCAUUCAGGGUCUCUAACCAUCGGUUGCUAUCGUCUCGCGGUCCCCAACCAGGUAGUCUACACCUACUAACAUGACUCAGUCCACUUGUCAGUGACUUCAUGAACUUGUGCCAUGUUUUGGUCUGGCCACCCCUAGCUUUCUUCCAACCUACUCCUAUACCACUGAACAUCGAGGCAGUCGGUCGUUGGGCAUACGUAAUACGUGUCCCAGCCAUUUCAAUUGGUGAAGUUUCACUACUUCGUCAAUUGGUUUGUCAUCCAUAUCUAGCAUCCGUUUCCUGACAACUGCAUUACUUACUCGGUGGUUUCAGGAUAUACGAGCAAUGUUUCGAAAACAUCUAUGAUCAAAUACUAGUAACCUACGAAUGUCCUCUACUCUUACUGGCCAUGUUUCACUGCCACAAAGUAGGACGGAACGAACUGCUGCACAGCAAACUCGUCCUUUGGUUGGUGGACGGAUAUCUCACCUACGCCGUCAAGUUUUUGGUGCGUUAAUGGGUCCAUGUGAAACUGAAGGAACUGAUGAGUGUGGAGGGUCCAAAAGAUCACGUCAUAGUGAUCCAUCCUCUUCAACACCUGUUCAACCAUUGAGCAAUCAGCAACUUCAACUGUUACAUUCCCUGCAAGCUCAGGGUAGUUGCCUAACUGCCUCACAACGUCAAACUCUUAAUAAUUUACAAAACCAAUCAUUGAGAUAUCAUCAUUACAAACUGAUACAAAAUCAGAAACAAUUGAAAACAUGUAAAUCGGGCAGUGAUUUUGCCGAUGAGGCAGUUUCAACUUCUGAUUCGGCUGGACCAUUUCACGGGGAUACUACUGCUACGACAGGUAGUUCUAAUGCUGGUCGUAAUCCAUCCAGUGUACCUGGUGAAGAUACAGUAGAUUUGUUUCCCGCUGAGGAUGAUGAUUUAACCGCUGUUGUUGAUAGUCCUGGAUCGGGUAAUUUACCUGAAGAAGAUUUAGGGUUCUUGACGGAUGACCUGCUUGCUCAGUUAAAUGGAUCUGAAGCAGCUACUGGAUUGGAUCUUGUUGAGUUAGCUCUGUUUACUACGGGCUCUAGUGCUGGUGAUCAGCGGCCUACAAGUAAUAAUGAUAAUAACCAGGUUUUAAUAAAUGAAAAGUCUUGUCAAUCGAAAUGUGGUGAUUCUUCUACAUCUGGUCCGUCUUCUUCAACUCCAACUAAUCCACCAAAGACAAUUAAUUUAAACGCAGCCAAAAAGGAUGAAAUUGACAUGAAAAAUUGCUUAACUCAAGAACUUGGUAUUGACCCCCUUAUCAAUUCUUCAGAUAAUCCAUCUUCAGAUCCUGUAGAUUUGCAUGCUUACUUAACCAAACCACUAAACCCACCGACUAGUAUCACUGCAGCUCUGCAUGUCAAUAUGUCUUCUUCGCAAAUCUUGUCUUCGCUUCGUGGUCUUGGCCAUUCAGGUGGACCUUGGUGGCCUGGCUUACUACCGGAAGGUAGUCCUAUUCCGAAACCUCCUGCAAAGCCGUAUCCACCACCUCCUAAAGAUAAGCUGCUGCCUCCCACACCAAGUGUUUAUUUGGAAAAUCGCAAUGAUGCUCAUUCACCUGAAUUAAUGCGCUACUGUUUUACACAACCAGUAGUUGUAAUACGUGGUUUGGCUGCUGCUUUGCGCCUGGAUUUAGGUUUAUUUUCUACUAAAUCAUUGGUUGAAUCCAACCCAGAACAUCGAGUUGAAGUACGAACCCAACGUCUUCAAUCGCCUGACCAGAACCUUGAUUCUCAAGGACGUACUGUAUGGCUUUGUGAAUCACCGAAAACUACCACAACAAUUGCUAAAUAUGGUGCUUAUCAAGCUGCUUCAUUUAUUGAAGCAAUGAAGGAAGAGAAAAUUGUGAAUUUUUCCGGCACUGCACCAGUUACUUCUACUCCAACUUCUAACACACUAUCCGCCAUAUCUGUAGACACCAAAUCAUCUACUGGUAGCUUAUCGAAUGCUGUAACGGGAAGUGGACGAAAAAAUUCUACUCAUUGGUCUACCGAAUCAACAAAUUCAGAAUUAAAUACAAAUCAACCUCAUCAUGUGGGAAAUAAAAUAUCUGGUGAUGAAAAUCACUCAUUAUCAAAUCAACAGAAUAAUGGACGAUUGAAAUUAAUACGUUUUGGAACAAAUUGUGAUCUUUCAGAUCAGAAAAAGUGGUUACCUCAACUCCAUGAACUUACUAAAUUGCCUAUAUUUGUCCGAGUUGUAAGCGCUUUCAGCAUGCUUAGUCAUGUAGGCUAUCCACUUUUAGGAUUGAAUACUGUUCAACUUUAUUUGAAAGUCCCUGGUUCCCGUACUCCUGGUCAUCAAGAAAAUAAUAAUUUCUGUGCUGUUAAUAUUAAUAUUGGUCCAGGUGAUUGUGAAUGGUUUGCCGUACCGGAACAAUAUUGGGGAGCUAUUCAUAAUUUAUGUGAAAAGAAUAAUGUUGAUUAUCUAACUGGUUCUUGGUGGCCUGAUCUAGAAACAUUGUACAAGGAAGAGAUACCAGUUUACAGGUUCAUUCAACGACCUGGAGAUUUAGUAUGGAUCAAUGCAGGUACAGUUCAUUGGGUACAAGCUAUUGGUUGGUGUAACAAUAUAGCAUGGAAUGUUGGCUGUAUGACUGCUCGACAAUAUCAACUUGCUAUUGAACGUUAUGAAUUCAACCGUUUACGUGGAGUUAAAUCUGUUGUACCUAUGACACAUCUUAGUUGGCAGUUGGCUAAAAAUAUAAAAAUAUCAGAUCCGGGAUUGUUUGAAUUAAUCAAGCACACAUUACUUCGUAGUCUUAUUCAAUCUCAGUUGACUACUGAUUUCCUGGAGAAGAUGAAUUUAACUGUUAAACAUCACGGGAAAAGACCUGAUGAUAUUGCUCAUUCCUGUCAUGAUUGUGAGAUUGAAGUAUUCAAUAUUUUAUUUGUUUUAUCUCAAGAUAAAAAAUUGGUUGUUAGAUGUUUAGAUUGUGCACGUCGUAUGGAUUCUACUUUAAAAACAUUCAUUAUCUUAUCUGAGUAUUAUAUUCAUGAGCUGGCUGAAAUUUUUGAUAAAUUUCAACUUCAAACUCAACCUAUCACAGCUUAUCCAGUGGGAAAAACUUGAUCUACUUACAUUAUUGUGAAUCGAUAUAUACAACAAAAUACAUAAUGUUAUUACUGGAUAGUUAUGGAGCAGCACAUUUUCACUUUUGUAUAUUAUACACCACCACAAUGAGAUAUACACGUUUACACAUUUUUCAUUGUUAUUAAUUGUUGAAAUAUUGUAUUGAAUAUUCCCUAUUGUAAUUAAUUUGUAUAAUAUGAAAAAAUUAGAAAUUAACCAUUGAAGUAAUCAAUUCUUUAAUGUAUUUUCAUUUUGUAUUGUAUGGUUAAUUUCUUUAAUUCCUUAAAUAUUCCUUUGUAAUUUGUAAAAUUUUACUACUACUUCCAAAAAAACAAACAACAAAUCAAUCCACUUGUCUAACAUUAUAUUACACGUUAAAAUUUGUUUUACCGUUAGCUGUAUAAUGACUAUUUAACUAUUUCACUUUGCAUCAUUUAUUUUUAAAUAAAUAAAUUCUUAAAAAAAACCCAG